UCAAGAGGCCGAGGGCUCAGACCCGGUCUUCUCUGUCUCCCACCACCAUGAGGAGAAACCAGCUGCUCACACCAGUCUCUCUCUUACUGUUUCUGCUUCUUCCCAGAGAUGCCACAGCUUCUGCAAAACCACAGUACAUGGUGCUGGUCCCAUCACAGCUCUACUCAGGAGUUCCUGAAAAGGCCUGUGUCAACCUCAACCACCUGAAUGAGACUGUGACGCUCAACAUAAGUCUAGAGUAUGGACUGCAGCACACAAACCUCCUCACAGACCUCUCUGUGGAGAAGGACUCUUCCUACUGCAGGCCUUUCACGAUCUCAGAUUUGCCAUCUCCAUCUUCGGAGGCAUUCAUGUCUGUGCAGAUAAAAGGGCCGACUCAGAACUUUAUAAAGAGGAAGUCAUUGUGGAUAACGAAAGCUGAAAGCCUAGUCUUUGUCCAGACAGACAAACCCAUAUACAAACCAGGCCAAACAGUGAAAUUUCGCAUUGUCUCUAUGGACAUCAGUUUUCACCCAUUGAAUGAAACGUUCCGGGUCGUUUACAUUGAGAAUCCCAAGAGGAACCGGAUUUUUCAAUGGCAGUAUGUCAAUCUACCAACCGGACUCCACCAGCUCUCCUUCCCACUGUCCGCUGAGCCCACGCUAGGUACCUACAAGGUUGUAGCGCAGAAGGACUCAGGGAAGAAAAUAGAGCACUCCUUUGACGUGAAGGAGUACGUUUUACCCAGAUUUGAAGUACAAGUGAAAACGCCCAACAUUAUUGCUUUCCUGGAAGAAGAAUUUGUUGUAACUGCCUGUGGCUUAUACACAUAUGGAAAGCCUGUUCCAGGUCGGGUGACAAUUAAUGUGUGCAGAAAAUACUCACUGCAGAGCUCCCACUGUCACGGCCAACUUUCACGAGCAAUCUGUGAAGAAUUCAGUAAACAGGCAGAUGAUAAAGGAUGUUUCAGACAAGUCGUAAAAACCAAAAUAUUCCAGCCAAGACAAAAAGGCUAUGACAUGAAAUUAGAAGUGGAAGCCAAAAUCAAAGAGGAGGGAACAGGAAUGGAGCUAACUGGCUAUGGAUCGUGUGAAAUCACGAAUACCUUAAGCAAACUGACAUUUACUAAAGUGAAUUCACAUUACAUGACGGGGCUUCCUUUAUGGGGGCAGGUUCUUCUUGUUGAUGAGCAGAAUCAACCAAUCCCCAACAAAAACAUAUCUGUGCGCGUGGAUCCGUACGGGAACCAGUCCACUUUCACUACUGACGAGCACGGCUUGGCCAACAUUGUCCUUGACACUUCCACCUACACGUUUUUAAUGCUGAGAGUCAUAGUCACCUACAAGCAGAACAACGACUGUUAUGACAACUGGUGGCUCAGUGAGCAUCAUGUACAAGCAGAGCAGUCUGUAACUCAUAUCGCUUCCCCAAGCAAUAGUUAUGUUCAUCUUGAGCUUAUUUUUGGUACUUUGGCCUGUGGACAAACUCAGGAGAUUCGGGCACACUACCUCUUGAAUAAAGAUAUCAUGAAGAAUGAAAAAGACUUAACCUUUUACUAUCUGGUCAAAGCAAGGGGAAGCAUCUUCAGCUCAGGAAGCCACGUGCUGCCGCUUGAACAAGGAAACAUGAAAGGGGUAUUUUCCUUCCCACUUCAAGUGGAGCCAGACAUGGCUCCUGAGGCUCAGCUGCUCGUUUACGCUACUUUACCUAAUGAAGAAAUUGUCGCUGACACGGAGACACUCAAAAUUGAAAACUGUUUUGCCAAUAAGGUAAAUUUGAGUUUCUCACCAGCGCAGAGCCUGCCAGCCUCUGACACCCACCUGAAGGUCACAGCCGCACCCCAGUCCCUCUGCGCCCUCAGGGCGGUAGACCAAAGCGUGCUGCUGCUGAAGCCUGAAGCCGAGCUCUCGCCUCACUCCGUCUAUAAUCUGCUGCCACAAAAGACUGCCCCGCUCUUUCCUUUUGGCACCCCAUUUCACGAAGAUAGCGGAGAAUGCAUCAAAGCAGAAGAUAUUACUCACAAUGGGAUUGUGUACACACCGAAGCAGGAUUUUAUGAACGAUGAGAAUGCACGCAGAAUGUUUUCGUCUGUAGGGUUAAACAUGUUUACCAACUCCAAAAUCCACAGAGCACGCGUAUGUCAAACCUUUCAACCCUACCCAGUGGCGGGUAUGGCCUACGCAGCAGCGCCUCAAGCAUUACCUCUGGCAGCAGCCCCAGGAGUGGGCUUCAGAAGAUUGAGCUACCCGAUGGCUUCAGAAGAACAGAAUGUGGUCGAAAUAAGAAAAGAGACAAUUCGAAAGUACUUCCCGGAAACGUGGAUCUGGGACAUGGUGGCUCUGGACGAAUCAGGUAGCCAUGAGUUGGCAACGAAGGUUCCCGACUCCAUCACUGAGUGGAAGGCUAGUGCAUUCUGCUUGUCUGGAACUACUGGCCUUGGUCUCUCCCCCACCGUCUCUCUCCAAGUCUUCCAGCCAUUCUUCCUGGAGCUCACCCUCCCCUACUCUGUGGUGCGGGGAGAAGCCUUUACCCUCAAAGCCACAGUGCUCAACUACAUGCCUCACUGCAUUCGGAUCCGUGUGGGCCUAGAGAUUUCUCCCGAUUUCCUGGCAGUCCCAGUGGGGGACCAUGAAGACUCUCACUGCAUCUGUGGAAAUAAAAGGAAAACCGUGUCCUGGGCUGUGACCCCGAAAUCGCUGGAGAAGGUGAACUUCACAGCUACUGCAGAAGCUUUGCAGUCUCCAGAACUGUGUGGCAAUGAGGUGACAGAGGUGCCAGCCCUUGGGCGCAAGGACACUGUCAUCAAGCACGUGAUAGUCGAGCCUGAAGGAAUAGAGAAGGAACAAUCGUUCAACAGCCUGUUAUGUGCAGAAGCACAUGUCCUAUGGUCACUGAACCUUCCAUACAAUGUGGUUGAAGGAUCCGCCAGAGCCACACAUUCUGUUUUGGGUGACAUACUAGGCUCUGCAAUGCAAAACCUCCAGAAUCUUCUCCAGAUGCCCUAUGGCUGCGGAGAACAAAACAUGGUCCUUUUCGUCCCAAACAUCUAUGUUCUGAACUAUCUGAAUGAGACACAACAGCUGACAGAGACGAUCAAGUCCAAAGCCCUUAGCUACCUCGUCAGUGGAUAUCAGAGGCAGCUGAACUAUCAGCACAGUGACGGCUCAUACAGCACAUUUGGGGAUCGUGGCGGGAACAGCCAGGGAAAUACUUGGCUCACUGCAUUCGUGCUCAAAGCCUUUUCUCAAGCUCAGUCCCACAUCUUCAUAGAGAAGACACACAUCACGAAUGCUUUCAACUGGCUCGCCAUGAAACAAAAGGACAAUGGCUGUUUCCAACAAUCUGGAUAUCUGCUCAACAAUGCGAUGAAGGGUGGUGUGGAUGACGAAGUGUCACUCUCCGCCUACAUUACCAUCUCUCUGCUGGAGAUCCCACUGCCUGCCACUCACAGUGUUGUCCGCAACGCUCUGUUUUGUCUGGAAACAGCCUGGGCCACCAUCUCCAGGAGCCAAGAAAGUCACGUCUACACCAAGGCAUUGUUGGCCUAUGCCUUCGCCCUGGCAGGAAACCAAGCCAAGCGAAGCGAGCUGCUUGAAUCGCUAGACAAAGAAGCUGUAAAAGAAGAGGAUUCAAUCCACUGGCGGCGCCCUGGGACCGUUCAGGAAGUGAGGACACCCUAUUAUCAGCCACGGGCCCCGUCUGCCGAAGUGGAGAUGACAGCUUAUGUUCUUCUUGCCCACCUUACGGCUCUGCCUUCCGUGUCUGCGGAGGACCUGUCCUCAGCAACCAAAAUCGUGAAAUGGAUCAUCAAGCAACAAAACUCCCACGGGGGUUUCUCCUCCACUCAGGACACAGUGGUGGCUCUCCAAGCCCUCUCCAAAUAUGGAGCAGCCACUUUUACGAAAAGCAAGAAAGACGUGUCGGUCACCAUCAAGUCUUCAGGGAUCUUCUCUCACAAAUUCCAUGUUCACGAUGCUAAUCGCCUGCUGCUGCAGCAAGUCACGCUGCCAGAUCUUCCUGGGAUUUACAACAUCCAUGUGUCAGGGGAUGGAUGUGUGUAUUUCCAGACAUCUCUAAAAUACAACGUCUUCCAAAAGGCAGAAGGAAAAGCGCCCUUCGCUCUGCAGGUUGAAAGUCUCCCCCUAAACCUUGAUGGAGCUAAAGAUCCUAAAACAUUCCAGAUUAAUUUCAAUGUAAGUUACACUGGAGAACGACCCAGCUCCAACAUGGUCAUUGUUGAUGCGAAGAUGGUAUCCGGCUUCAUACCUGUGAAGUCAUCUGUGAAAAAGCUCCAAGACCACCCUAACAUUCAGAGGACUGAAGUGAGCACCAACCAUGUUCUAAUCUACAUUGAAAAGCUAACCAAUCAGACCCUGAGUUCCUCCUUCUUGGUGGAACAAGACAUCCCAGUAAAGAACUUAAAACCAGCCCCAAUAAAAGUCUACGAUUAUUAUGAGACAGAUGAAUACGCCAUUGAAGAAUACAAUAUCACUUUCAGUGAUGGCUCUGAACAAGGAAAUGCUUAAAAAAGGGAGCCUGAAGAUUUCAUCAGCUGGGCUUCUCCAGAUAUGAAGAACCAAGGCCUGUCAGAAGAAAGGACAGUGAAAUAAAUGGAAGGAAAUUAGAAACACAUAAAAUUUAUAUUUUGAAUAAAGUUACAGCUAUGUUUCA